AAACCCAGACUCUCAAAACCCUAGCGCCAUUUCCACAAAUCAACGCCGCAGCAGCAUCAGCUGAGCCAAGCAACAAUGGUGUCCGGUUCAGGAAUCUGCGCCAAGAGGGUGGUCGUCGACGCCCGCCACCACAUGCUCGGCCGCCUCGCCUCGAUCCUUGCCAAGGAGCUCCUCAACGGCCAGAAGGUCGUCGUCGUUCGAUGCGAGGAGAUUUGCCUGUCCGGCGGACUGGUUCGCCAGAAGAUGAAGUACAUGAGGUUCUUGAGGAAGCGGAUGAACACCAAGCCUUCCCACGGGCCAAUCCACUUUCGCGCUCCUUCGAAGAUACUCUGGCGCACCAUUCGCGGCAUGAUUCCUCACAAGACCAAGCGCGGGGAGGCUGCCCUCGCCAGGUUGAAGGUCUACGAGGGCGUCCCGCCGCCGUACGACAAGGUUAAGAGGAUGGUGAUCCCCGACGCUCUCAAGGGUUUUGAGGUUGCAGAGUGGUCAUAAGUACUGCUUGUUGGGCAAACUCUCUUCUGAAGUUGGAUGGAAUCACUAUGAUACCAUUAAGGUAAUUGCAGCUUUUAUUCCGCUGAUUGAUUUGACAUUGCGGCUAGAUUGUAAGUCGUUUGUGUAUGAGCGAGUUGUUUUAACUCAAGUAUUGCAUACUGCAUUGUCAAUUCGUUGGUGUUUCUGACAACAAGACUAACAUAGGAAGGUAUUAGCAGAAGCUUCUCGUUUUUAAGUUCUAAGUUUCUUUUAAUUGUAAGUUGAUCGUCCGUUAUACAAUGCAAUUUGAUGCCAUUAUUAUGUUGUGCUUCCAAGUGUUGAGCUAGUGAGUUAAUCCUGUGUAUGAAUGCUGCUUCUGAAUUCAGUCUAUUAGGCUUUUCCAUUCAGUACCUCCAGUUUCAGAGCAUACUUUGAAUUCUGAUAUGCUGGCUGUGUGCUGAGUGAUGAUGGAUGUUGCUUGUAUGUAAUGUACCAACUAAGUUGCAAUGUAAUUGUACACAGGGUGUUGAUGUUGGAUCAUUUAUUGUUGCCAAUACUUUAUUUUGAACUAAUCUCCAUUAAUAUCACAACAGGAGCUUGAGAGGAAGAGGAAGGAGAAGUCAGCUGUCAUGUACGAGAGAAAGAAGCAGUUGGCCAAGCUCAGGGUCAAGGCUGAGAAGACCGCCGAUGAGAAGCUCGGUGCCCAGCUGGAAGUCAUUGCUCCCAUCAAAUAUUGAUUUGGUUUUCCUAAACAGGAGCUUGGUUUUCUAUGGUUUGCUGCAUGAUCUCCGCUAGGGAUUAAAUCUUUGCAAGUUUUCGGAGUAUGUAUUUUGGUCAUUCUGGUUUUGUUUCGGAUUUAUCUGAAGAAAGUGGAUUAAUUUUUGUGAUAGUUAUAUUUAGAAUCAUUUCCCUGCCAUCAUUCACAUGCUCUGCUAUUAUUCAAGUUAUUCGAAAAUGAUUCGACUCUUCAACAAUCUCUUCACCGCUCGUUCUACCAUAGGUGCUUGGAAAUGUAGUUUCUUUCCAAUCCUUUACUAGUCUGUGUGGACGUGUCAAUGGCCAGACGUUGUUUUUGGUUGCUUAUCCCGGCAGCCAUCGGCGAUGGCUAUGAGUUACCUCGAGUCACAGGUUUCAUACAAAGUUGUUAUUUUUUUGUCAUGGGCAAUGCAGUAAAAAAUGUAG